GUUCGCGCGUGCAAGAAAUGGCAUAUGAGGGGAAAUGAAAUACGUGACGCUGCAAAACGUUAAUAUGAAACUUGUGCUUUAUACUUUGGCACUGAUAUUGGUCUCGCACGGUAUCAAUGCAGCGAACGAUACCAAAGUGAAUUUGAAUGAUGGUGAUGACUAUAUAAGUAGAUUCGUAGCGGAUUUGUGGCUCGAGGGGACAGAUGUGGUACGAUUUAUUUGGAGGGACUGUUCAAAAAAGCUAAUCGCAGUAAAGGACAUAAUAGACCACAAGGAGUACUACCCGAGGUUCGUGCGAUGCAUGAAGAGAAAGACCCUGAGAGCCUUGGACCGCUGUUUGAGCCCGGAUGUGGUGCCGCUCGCUGACGGAGUCAACCUUGUAAGGUUCGAACUGGUUGACCACUCAGGGAACGUCCUGCAUGACAAUGAGACAAGUUCGUGGACUGAGAAAGAAUUAGAAGAAGGGGAAUGGAGAAACCUCGCUUUGCAGAGAAUGGCCAAAGUUCUUCGCACUCAUGUUAUCAAGAUUGAUUUAUUUGAGGAUAACGAUAUUAUUGAAAAAGUCGAAUAUCGAGGACGUCGCCGACACCAUAUGAUGACAAUGAUGAUGUUUGGAGUUGUAUCCAUCGGUAUGGUCCUUAUUCCUAUGGGAUUUCAAUUCUUGUCAGUUCUCGGAGGCAAAGCACUGCUGCUUGCUAAAAUGGCUCUAAUACUCGCUUCUAUACAAGGCCUCAAAAAGAUUGCUACAAGUCCGGUAAGCUAUGGCUUUUACCAGGGAUACCCUUACGACCACUAUGAGAGAAGCCGCGAUUGGAAUCCAUCAGUACCACGAGCAAACCCAUAUGAAUCUCCAAAUCAAAUUAAUGAUAAUAAAGUUGAUAGGAUGACAGCAGAUGCUAACCAAAAUAAUAAGGAAACAAUUGUAAGGAAAUCUCAUAUUCAAACAGAACCAGAGGCAAAGCAGUUUCCAGUUUAUUCAGGAGUUAUAAACGUACCACCACCAUCAAUAUUCAGUGUGGUAGAUGCACCAUCUCCUUUAGUUGAUCUAACAACACAGCCAGGUGAAGUGCAGGCAGACUACGCUAUAGAUUUACCGUACAACGGUUUUCAUUUUCAAAGUCCCACUCCUGUCAUUUCAGCUUGAUAUAUUUGCUAAAUUAUUUCAAGCUUUAUUUAGUAUAGUUACUGCGUUAUUUACGUAUUUUACUCAAGUGUUGUAUCCGGAUAGGCAUGUAUUAUUUAAUAUUUAUUGACACUUUUAUAAUCUAGUUUACUUGUAGUUAUCACUUUUAUGAUUGUUAUUAUAAAGUCUAUAGCAUUAAUUUUAAUAUUUAAUCCACCACUUCUCACUGUAUGACGUCUUAGUUUACGACUAUAACGUCUAAUGGACACUUUACUUUAAAAGCAAUUAAUGGCUUAGUUUGUGAUUUUAUGUGUUUCCAUUUUAUUACGGUAGCCGCAAGAACGUUGAUA